AUGGCAAUAUGCAGAAAGUAUAACAUUGUGCUCCAACUGGUGUCCCUUUUGUUCAUCUACAACAUCAUAAAGAGUGCAUUUAUAAACCUAUCAGGAAAAGAAAAUGAAGCGCACUACACAGGAUUUCACGUGCAAGGAUAUAACUGGAACUUGUUUGAGAAAUGGAAAUCUAUAAGUCCGACAGAAAAGCUAGAAUACAAAAUAAAUUACAACCUUGGCCUGAAUAUAAAUGCGGAGAUUGGUGAUUUUGGGGAUUAUAACUCUGAUGUGAAAACGGAUUUGAUUCUGUUUAACUAUGACAAAGACAAACGGAUGAGUACUAUCUAUGUGCACAUUUUCAGCGUGCAUGAAAACAAAUUUGUGUAUCACACGGAAGCCAAUUUGGAAGGACAAAUAAUGAACGUCACUGCAAUUGAUCUCAAUUUUGAUGGCGCUCUAGAUGUCCUCGUGCUGUUUAAAGACCCCAAGGAUAGUAGCAGAAAUCCCAAGUAUUAUAUUGCCUCAUUUUUGCAAAACGAAAAUGAAAAACUGGAAGAAGUAUUUAACUCAAGAAAAAAAGAAAUGGAAAAUGAGGACAUAUCAGAUCCAGAAUAUGGCACGUACAUAACACCUAGUGUAACGGGUGACGAAAAGGCAGGUGCAAAAGAAACCAAUGAUAGCAUCUACUUCAGUAAUAUUCACCCACUCGUUUGUGAUAUAAAUGAUGAUGGGCUCCCAGAUCUUAUAGGACAACAACCUUCCAAUGAGCCAGGUGGCUUUUCGCGUUUUGUAUGGAUUAACAAAAAUGGGUCAUUCAAAAGUGCACUGUGGAAAAAUAUGAAACUUUUUGAAAAAUCAGAAGUAGGAGAAAUUACGAACCCUAAUUCAAGCGCAGUUGUAGACAUCAACGGAGAUUGUAAAGCAGAUUUGGUCUUCACUAUAUAUGAUAAAAAAAAUGCAAAAAAAAACUCCUCUCUCGAAAUCUGGCUAAAUAAAAUUGUGGAUGGAAAAAGCAUAUACGUGAAGCAUAAAGAAGAUUAUAUUUUACCACCCAAUUCUUUACAAGUCCUGUUUGGAGAUUUUAAUGGAGAUGGAUCCAUCGACAUUGUAGUUCCAACGUGUAUCAAAAGCUCCUACUGUAACUACUGCUGUGUUAGUGAUGAUAAAAUAUUUUUCAUCCCGAAUGUUCAAAAAAAAAUAUGUGAUCAUUCUUGGCAAAAACCAGAUGAAAGUAAAUGCAGAUUGGCAUCCAACUUAUGCUCAGAAAGUGACUUCACUUUUGUACAAGAAUUAAAUGAUGAUUUUGUAUCGGUGGUAGAUACAUCUGGCUUGCACUUAUCAGGAAAUGCAGACUAUCCCUACUACCUAAGCGUCGGAGAUGUAGAUGACGAUGGGUUCUUAGAUCUACUAAUAACAUUAAAAAAUGAUAAAGGUCAAAAGUAUGUACGAAUUUAUAAAAAUGAACAAAAGGGCAUAUAUGAAGAAAAUAACAUAGACAUUCGAGGCUUUUUUAAUUUUUACCAAUUCGUUACAUCCCCAGAUGAAAUCGUCACAGAUGUUUACAAUUCUGCUUUCUUUGACAUAUUCGAAAAUGGAGUAUUAGAUAUUCUCAUCUUUGGAAAAUACAAAGCGUCUAGCAAGCAGACCAAGUAUGGCGCUGUAGGGUUCAUCAGAAGCAACGAAACGGAUUCCCUUUUCCUAAAGUCUACAGCCUUAAAUGGCAUAUGUGUUAACGACUGCUACAAGGAGAAGGAUAAAAUAACCACCAAAACGUUAGGGGGAAAUGCCCAUGGACCCACAUUCAAAAUUACCGUCGUUGAUGUAAAUGGUGUUAAAUCAAGCAGAAUUGGAAUUCAGAAAAGCCAGUCCGCUCAUUCCCCUUUGCAAUUACCCUAUGUUUUGUUUGGACUAGGUAGAACCAGUAACUACGUGGAAGAGUUCUAUGUCGGCAUGCCCACACAUGAACAGAAAUAUUAUAACAUGUGGGUAUCUAUCAUCCCUAACUCGCAUAUCAUCGUCAUUCCAUAUCCGCUGGACAACUCGAACAAGUGGCAAAUUCAGCUCUCCGUCAACCCGUCCAAGAAGUUUUACUCCAUCAUUUACAUCACCCUCAUUUGCUUGACUGUCAUUGGAAUUCUCAUUUUCAUCCUGGACAGACGUGAAAAGGUGGAGGACUCCAAGGAGGAAAUGGGUUUCAAGAGUCACUUCGUCAUCGGUUGA